GAAAUAAAAGAAAAACAAAAAAGAAGAAGAAGAAAGAUACCUCUGAUCAUCUCAAUCAAUCAUCCAACCAAUUUCUUGUGUGUGUCAGUCAUUCAAUCAAUCAAUUUCCAUAUAUACAUAUAAUUAUAUCUAGGGUUAAUCUGUAUUGAAAGAAGAAGGAAGAAGAAGAAGAAAAGGAAUUCGAGACGACGAUGGAGCACCAGCAGCACCACCAGGGCGCCACCGCAAGCAUGAGCAUGAGCAUGAAUUCGAAUAGUGAAGAAGAAAUGAUGAUGGAGGAGGUGAGAAGAGGGCCGUGGACGGUAGAAGAAGACUUGACACUGAUAAACUACAUAGCACAUCACGGAGAAGGGAGGUGGAACUCUCUUGCUAGAUGCGCCGGUCUGAAGAGAACCGGAAAGAGCUGCAGGUUGAGGUGGCUCAACUAUCUCCGACCAGACGUCCGACGUGGCAACAUCACCCUUGAAGAACAGCUUCUCAUUCUAGAACUCCAUUCCAGAUGGGGCAACAGGUGGUCGAAAAUAGCACAGCAUCUGCCAGGGAGAACGGACAACGAGAUAAAGAACUACUGGAGAACAAGAGUACAGAAACAUGCUAAGCAGCUCAAAUGUGACGUCAACAGCAAGCAAUUUAAGGACACCAUGCGCUACCUUUGGAUGCCUCGUUUGGUCGAGAGAAUCCAAUCCCAAGCCCAAGCCAAUAACACCUCGCUGCCUUCCUCCUCCUCCUCCACCACCACCACCGAUCAAAACAUUCCUCAUCAUCAACAACCAAACAUCUCCGCCGCUACUGUUCACACUAAUUACACUCCCGAAAAUUCGUCCGACUCCUUUGGAACGCCGGCGUCUGACCUCACCGCUGAUCACUGUUAUAACAAUUAUCCAAUAAACCACCACCAGCACCAGCAGCAGGGACAUAAUAUUAAUCAAGAAUAUUAUCCAGUAGCGAAUAAUAUUGAUGCUGAUAAUCAUCAGCUCUACUCUGAUAAUAAUGAUCAAUAUCAUCAUCAAUAUCAGUCGUCGUCGUCCUUAAUAAUCAGCCCGACGACGGCCGGUUACUUUAACCAACAAUUAGGUGGUGGGUUGGAUUUAAGUACGGAGCAGAAUAGCAGCAGCCAAUUAUGGAUGGACGGUGGAGCUGUCGACGCAUUAUCUGACGAUUUGUGGAAUAAUGUUGAUGACAUCUGGUUCUUACAUGAACAACAACAAUUCAACUUCACCACCAAUAACCACUUCAUUUAAAACAUGCAACUUUCUAUUUUAUUUUUAUUCAUAACUAGCUACAAAAUAAAUAUACAUAUAUUUAUCCUUUAAUUUUAUUUUCUUUGUUUUUUGUUGGUUUGUUUAAAAUAGGUAGUUAUAUCCGUAGAAUUUGUGAAGAAAGGGACAUACAGAUACAGGGGGUUAAUUUUAACUUUUUCAUCUUUGUAUUCCUUCUUUUUGGAUUUUUAUUCAUAUUCCAAUUAGUUCGUGAUCAGGGGGUUAAAGUUAAUAUUAAUGUAACUUGAUCAGGGUUUUCACUUUUCAAUAUCAUCAUA